AUGACCAGUGAACGCCAAAAAACUGCUUUAGUAACGGGUGCAUCUUCUGGAAUAGGAUUUGCAACGGCGAUUGAAUUCUCUAAAAGAGGCUAUAAAGUCUUUGCAGGUGCCAGAAGAUUGAGCGCUAUGGAAAAGCUCAAGGACUAUGGCAUAAUAAUUUUUAAAUUAGAUGUCACUUCUCUAGAAAGCAUCAAAGAAUCUAGAAAGCUUAUCGAAGAGGAAACCAAUGGAUAUUUGGACGUCUUAUAUAACAAUGCAGGUCAGUCUUGUACUUUUCCUGCUUUGGACGUUCAAGAUGAGUGGUUCAAAAUGUGCUACGAUGUGAAUGUGUUCGGGCCUAUGAGAAUGGUAAGGGAGUUCAUUCCCUUGCUUAUAAAGGCUCAUGGAACUAUAGGAUUUACGGGAUCCGUGUCUGGCCUUCUACCAUUCCCGUUUUCAAGUAUCUAUAGUUCGUCCAAAGCGGCAAUUCACCUGUACGCAGCCACAUUGAGAUUAGAGUUGAAACCAUUAGGAGUAAAGGUGAUCAAUAUAGUGACGGGAGGUGUGAAGACUGAUAUAGAGGAGAAACGGUCUUUGCCAUCGACUUCUAUAUAUAAUGUAGAGGGGAUCGAUGUCGCUAUGAUCGAACGCAAACAAAUGGCUAAGAGAAAUAAUCCAAUGGAGCCAGGUGCAUAUGCGUAUAAGGUAGUCAAUGAUUUUGAAGCGGCAUCCCCAUCGGGAAAAUUAAACAUAUACAGAGGUAAAAUGGCAACUUACUUAAGCUGGAUAUCUAUACUCGUACCAAGGUUUAUUCUUGAAGCGAUGUUUAUUAGGAAAUUCAAGUUAAGUCACGUCUUCAAAAUUUUAGAAUUGAAAUACAAAAAGAAGAGGAAAGGAGAAUAA